UUCAAAGUUUUUUGUUUUUUUUUUUUUCCUUUCUCAUGUGUUAUUUCUAAAGAUAACAAAGGUCAAAAGGCAUCCAGCGUUUUCUGGUUUCUCAUAAGCUUCUGGUCAAUAUUUAAUCUGGUUUAUGGAUUUUUUUUAGGUCUUCUAGAUGCCUUCUUGAGGCUGCUUGUGGCCACCCACACACACUCGUAAGGAGGAGAGAAGUCAGCCUGGCAGAGAGACUCUGAAAUGAGGGAUUAGAGGUGUUCAACAAGCAAGAGCUUCAGCCUGAAGACAAGGGAGCAGUCCCUGAAGACGCUUCUACUGAGAGGUCUGCCAUGGCCUCUCUUGGUCUCCAACUUGUGGGCUACAUCCUAGGCCUUCUGGGGCUUUUGGGCACACUGGUUGCCAUGCUGCUCCCCAGCUGGAAAACAAGUUCUUACGUCGGUGCCAGCAUUGUGACAGCAGUCGGCUUCUCCAAGGGCCUCUGGAUGGAGUGUGCCACACACAGCACAGGCAUCACCCAGUGUGACAUCUAUAGUACACUUCUGGGCCUGCCCACUGACAUCCAGGCUGCCCAGGCCAUGAUGGUGACAUCCAGUGCAAUCUCCUCCCUGGCCUGCAUCAUCUCUGUGGUGGGCAUGAGAUGCACAGUCUUCUGCCAGGAAUCCCGAGCCAAAGACAGAGUGGCGGUAGCAGGUGGAGUCUUUUUCAUCCUUGGAGGCCUCCUGGGCUUCAUUCCUGUUGCCUGGAAUCUUCAUGGGAUCCUACGGGACUUCUACUCACCACUGGUGCCUGACAGCAUGAAAUUUGAGAUUGGAGAGGCUCUUUACUUGGGCAUUAUUUCUUCCCUGUUCUCCCUGAUAGCUGGAAUCAUCCUCUGCUUUUCCUGCUCAUCCCAGAGAAAUCGCUCCAACUACUAUGAUGCCUACCAAGCCCAACCUCUUGCCACAAGGAGCUCUCCAAGGCCUGGUCAACCUCCCAAAGUCAAGAGUGAGUUCAAUUCCUACAGCCUGACAGGGUAUGUGUGAAGAACCAGGGGCCAGAGCUGGGGGGUGGCUGGGUCUGUGAAAAACAGUGGACAGCACCCUGAGGGCCACAGGUGAGGGACAUUACCACUGGAUCAUGUCAGAAGGUGCUGCUGAGGAUAGACUGACUUUGGCCAUUGGAUUGAGCAAAGGCAGAAAUGGGGGCUAGUGUAACAGCAUGCAGGUUGAAUUGCCAAGGAUGCUCGCCAUUCCAGCCUUUCUGUUUUCUUCACCUUGUCGCUCCCCUGCCCUAAGUCCCCAUCCCUCAACUUGAAACCCCAUUCCCUUACCUUAAGCCAGGACUCAGAGGAUCCCUCUGCCCUCUGGUUUACCUGGGACUCCAUCCCCAAACCCACUAAUCACAUCCCACUGACUGACCCUCUGUGAUCAAAGACCCUCUCUCUGGCUGAGGUUGGCUCUUAGCUCAUUGCUGGGGAUGGGAAGGAGAAGCAGUGGCUUUUGUGGGCAUUGCUCUAACCUACUUCUCAAGCUUCCCUCCAAAGAAACUGAUUGGCCCUGGAACCUCCAUCCCACUCUUGUUAUGACUCCACAGUGUCCAGACUAAUUUGUGCAUGAACUGAAAUAAAACCAUCCUACGGUAUCUAGGGAACAGAAAGCAGGAUGCAGGUUGGGAGGACAGGAAGGCAGCCUGGGACAUUUAAAAAAAUAAAAAUGAAAAAAAAAAAGAACCCA